AUGGUUAUUUGUAUGGAUGAUAUACUAAUCAGAACUCAACCGUUGGAAGCGCACUUAUGUGUAUUAUUUCACAUUUCCAAAUUCGCAGUACGGAAUAAGUUAAAGUUAAAAUUAGAUAAAUGCGAAUUCGUGUUCACAAAAAUCGAAUACUUGGGUUAUGUAACUUUGGAGCGAGAGGUCAGUAGUGCAAGUCACAGUAGUGCAGUAGUCACAUGGUGCAAGCUGGAUAGCACCAUGACCUUAGUGCAAAGAAUCUUUGCUGUGGUGCCUUCGUGCCUUCUCAGUUGUGCCUCGUCCCACUGGUAUAAAGGGAACUCCUAG